UUAUUCCGAGCGCACGACUUUAGCAGGAAGUUUAGCUAUUUUUGUUUCCGGCGUUGUACUUGGUUUUGUUUACGGUGUUUGCUGGGCGUGCGGCAGCUUAUUCCAGGCAACAUGGGGAAGAGGCAGCAUCAGAAGGAUAAGAUGUACAUCACUUGUACAGAGUAUACUAACUUCUAUGGUGGCAAGAAAACAGUUAUUCCACAAGCCAACUUCCGCCGUUUACCUUUUGAUCACUGCAGUUUGUCCCUUCAACCCUUUGAGUACCCAGUGUGUACACCUGAUGGAAUGGUGUUCGAUCUCCUGUCCAUCAUUCCAUGGAUAAAGAAAUUUGGAACCCAUCCAACCACUGGUGAGAAAUUGGAUGUUAAAUCACUCAUUAAGUUGAACUACCAUAAAAACAGUGAAGGAAAAUUCCAUUGCCCAGUGAUGUACUCUGUCUUCACAAACAACUCGCAUAUAUUGGCAAUCAAGACUUCAGGAAAUGUCUAUUCACAUGAGGCAGUGGAGCAGUUGAAUAUUAAGACCAAGAGUUUUAAAGAUCUGCUAAGUGAUGAGCCUUUUACUCGGCAAGAAAUCCUCACAUUGCAAGAUCCAUCCAACGUGGACAAGUUUAAUGUCUCAAACUUUUUCCAUGUCAAAAGUGGCCAAAGGGUUACUGAUCCAGAUGAGGAGAAAGCAAAGUUAGACCCAAAUUACUAUCUCAAAUCCACCAGUAUGGAGCUGAGGGAAACGCUGACUGAACUGUACAGAGAUUAUAAAGGUGAUGAAAUGCUGGCAUCUAUCAUGAAAGAACCAGCAAAAAAGAAAGUGGAUAAAAUAAAUGCGGCACAUUAUUCUACAGGAAAAGUCUCAGCUUCCUUCACAUCCACAGCAGUGAGUCCUGAAACUACACAUGAAGCAGCUGCAAUUGAUGAUGACCAGGUUCGUUACCGCUAUGUCAAAAAGAAAGGAUAUGUCCGACUCCAUACAACCAAAGGCGAUCUGAACUUGGAGUUGCAUUGUGAAAUGACUCCCAAGGCAUGUGAGAAUUUCAUCAAAUUGUGCAAAAAGGGAUAUUACAAUGGAACAAAAUUUCACAGAUCUAUCCGGAACUUCAUGAUUCAAGGAGGUGAUCCAACUGGUACCGGCACUGGUGGAGAGUCAUACUGGGGGAAACCUUUCAAGGAUGAGUUCAAACCCAAUCUCUCGCACACUGGUCGAGGCAUCCUCAGUAUGGCCAAUUCAGGACCCAACACCAAUAAAUCGCAAUUCUUUAUUACAUUUCGCUCAUGUGCCUACCUGGACAAAAAGCACUCAAUCUUCGGAAAAGUUGUUGGUGGUUUUGAGACAUUGACGGCCAUGGAAAAUGUGGAGAGUGAUGUGAAGACUGACUUGCCAGAGGAAGAGAUCAGAAUUGAGAACACAGCAGUGUUUGUGGAUCCCUUUGAAGAAGCAGAUCUUCUGAUUGCAGCAGAGAGGGAGAAAAAUCGGAUUGAGGAAGAGGAAGCAAAGGCCAAAGCAAAGCCAGUUGUGCCUAAAAGCAGCGCAACCCCAAAAACCUACCGACAAGGAGUUGGAAAAUAUAUCAACAUGGGAGCAAAGGCUAAAAAACGGACAGUGGAGGAUCAGGACAGCAGCCCUUCCACCAGCAGUACCAAGAAAACAAAAGGGAUCACUGGCUUUGGUAACUUUAGCUCGUGGUAGUUCUCAGUCCAAGCCACAACAAGAGGAGAAAACCUCAAUCAGCAGUGUUGAAGAGAGAUUUGAAAAGAUCCACAGGUGGUCAAAUGCUUGACUGAAUCUCUACCGUAGCACUCCUCCUCCAUGAGCUAAAAGUAGUAUGAGAUGGAAAGUCCAUGAAUAAUCUAAACAAUACUUGAGUUUCCAUUCUAGUACAAACAAGAACUUUAUUUCCUUGCCGGGACCACAUUCUGGAUUUUGUUAAACUCCAUAUUCAGACGAUGAGGUCAGCCAUUUUUCCUCAUGAAAUACAUUUUUCUAUGCAGUUUCAAUUAAACUCAAUUGGAUUCCUA